AUGGUUAGUUCUGCUAAAUGGUAUACAACAAUGGCAAAUGUUCGAUUCGAUACGAAACAGGAAGAAGAGAUUGAGUAUCACACGGACUAUAAAAAUUUGAAUGCUUCUUUACGGACUCAUGCGCCUGAUCCAUCACUAGGAUAUGGAAAUAAUACUACUGGAAGCAACUUGUACGCGGUUUUGAAGAAGUUUCUCAACAAUGGAAAGGUUUCAUUGUGUGGAGCCCUAGUGUUCAUUGCAGUAAAACGGUACCCAGAUGAGUCUGAUGUAUCUGACAUAAUCACCCAACUACGAGCCAAUCAUGUAUUCGUGUACAUUGUUGUCGACAGUAUCCCAUCGGGCGGUUCCAAUUCUGCAACAUUAUACGAAAUGUCAUUUAAAACAAAUGGAUAUUGUCUGUUUGCCAGUUACUGGAACCUUGUUGAAGGUUUUCAAUUCAUGACCUUUGUACUUGGUAAAUACCAAUUCGUUGCUCAAAACUUUUGGGUUUCUGGAUCUGGUCGAAUCGAACUACCGGCAUUCAACACUCCAACUCCAGUGGAUUGGGUUGAACAACUAGCAAUAACUGUUCAAAACCACACACUUGACAAUUCAUUCGUAUCAAUGAACUAUACAGUUGAGAGUACUGAUGGAUCUUAUAUUCAUCAAUUUCCGAGUAACCAAUCGUACCCUCUUUUUGGAACUGCAGAAUCAAAUUUCUUGUAUCUGAACGGAUCCCUCUCUUACAAAUGGACAAUUGACUAUCAUUAUAAUACAGAUGAACCCCAAAUCAUUGAAUGCAGAAUGUACAGUUAUUAUUAUCACGACUUCCUUCCACUCCCAGAUUUCAAAUAA